GCCCAAACCACCCCACGUGUACACAGUGUGCACGGAGCAAAACCUUGGGAAGGUGGGAAUCCUUAUCUCUCUCGAGCGGAAAUUCGAGUUGGCCGAAGCCGUGAGGGGGGCUCGUCCCAUGCACGGUCUCGAAGGGACCGCCCCAGGUCCGAUGGCAGAAGAACCAGAGGAGGCGAAUGAGGAUGAGGAGAUAGAGGCCGAUGACGAGUCGGGACAACCGUCCUGCUCCGAGGAUGAGGUUGAUGCGGGGUCCUUUGAAGCAGCUCCAAGUCGCACGGAAGGUCAAGGUGCUAGCCCAAAGCCGAGGCCGAGAAGAGGAGACGCAUCGCGGGCCGCCAUCCAGGGAUACCUCAAGAUCUGUCGCAGCCGGCUCCGACCAGGAGGUGGUUCCGACCUAGAACCAGAGGAAAAGGAAGAUCCCACCAAUGUUGGGUUCAAGGACCUGGAGCCUAGGCAGCUCCCAUGUCUAUGGUUCUGGUCCGUUGACGCCUUGGGCCGAGGCCGAGUACGCGGGAUCUGCUCCCCGAAGCCCCCUGGCGGAAGGCCGGUCGAGGGUGAUCCAAGGCUGACCAAGUCUGCCGGGGCCGAGUAUGACUCGUGCAAGAGUGGCCUUCCUGAGACUUCAGCUUCCUCCCGCCUUUGCCCAGUUAAAUGGGCCUAGGCAUGCUUGGGUUGGGCCAGAUACCCCCAUUCCAGGGUAUCCAUCAAUAGUAAUUUUAAUAAAAAAAGGUAAUAAUUAACUAAGGUAUUA